AUGUCACUUGCAGCUCAGGGGCCCAGCUUGGCCACUUCGGCCAGCCCUCACCCGUUUGAUCCCAUCCGGCCUCAGGAAAUCCGCUUGGCUGUCCGUAUCCUGGAAGCUGCCUUCCAGGGUGUCAAGCUGCGCUACAAUCGCAUUGAUAUUCACGAACCCAUCAAGAAGGAUGUGAUUCCAUAUAUCGAGGCAGAGAGGUUAAGGAAACCCCUUCCUCCGAAGCCCGCGCGUCUUCUGUACUCUUACUUCUAUCGUCUCGAUACCGGCGCAUGGUGCAAGGCGUUGAUGAACGCUGACACCGCGUCCGUCAUUUUCGUCAAGGAGUUGCCGGAGGGAGUCCAGCCUCCGGUGGAUAUCGACGAAUUGGCCGUUAUUGAAGAAGUCUGCAUGAAGCACCCCGCAGUGCAGGCGGAAAUUGCAAAGCUCCAGCUACCCCCCGGCAUGACUGUCUGCAAUGACCCAUGGAUGUACGGCACCGAGAGUCUGACCGAGUCGAGACGAAUGUUCCAGUGCUUCAUGUACAUGGUGGAAAUGGACCACCCCGAAAACAACCACUAUUCCUUGCCUUGCAAGUUCUCCCCGGUGUUCGAUGCCUUUACACAUGAGUUGAUCCGUAUGGAUUAUCUGCCGGGCGGCUCGGAUGCACAGACAGUUGAAACCCAGCCCUGGAAGCCCGUCAAGGCAGUUCAAUAUGCCCACGACCUGCAGGAUGAGCCCAUCCGGACAGACCUCAAGCCCUACAUUGUGCAGCAACCCGAGGGACCUUCUUUCUCGGUGGAUGGCAACUUUGUCUACUGGCAGAAGUGGCGCUUCAGGGUAGGCUUCAACAACCGGGAGGGCAUGGUUCUUUACAACGUCACCUAUGAUAACCGCAGUGUCUUCUACCGCCUUGCGGUAUCAGAAAUGACCGUCCCCUAUGGAGACCCUCGCGCUCCCUACCACCGCAAGCAAGCUUUCGACGUUGGCGACGUCGGUUUUGGUCUCAAUGCCAACCAGCUAACGCUGGGUUGUGACUGCCUGGGUCAUAUCAAGUACUUUGACGGCUACCGGGCAGACUGCAAGGGAAACCCGGUCCUGCUGAAGAACAUCAUUUGCAUGCACGAGCAGGAUAAUGGCCUGCAACACAAGCACACCAACUACAGAUCCGGCGCCGCUACCGUGGUCCGCAAUCGCCAGCUUGUCCUGCAGAUGAUCUGCACCGUCGCUAACUACGAGUACAUCUUCGCCUACAUCUUCGACCAGGCCGCCAACAUUGAACUGGAAGUGCGCGCAACCGGAAUUCUAUCGACGGUGCCUUUUGAUAACACCAAUGGCGAGACUGUCAAAUGGGGCACCAACGUUGGUCCGGGCGUGAUGGCUCCUUACCACCAGCACAUGUUCUCUUUCCGCAUUGACCCGGCCCUGGACGGUCACAAGAACACUGUUUACUAUGAGGAGAGUGUACCUCUCCCCGAAGACGAGAAGAACCCUUGGCUUGUAGGCUACACCACUGAGCAGACGGUCAUGGACAAGGCAGGAUCAGCCGACCUCGAUAUCAGCCGCAACCGGGUCUUUAAGAUCCGCAACGACAACGUCAUCAACCCCAUCACCUACAAGCCCAUUUCCUACAAGCUCCACCCAGCACCUAGUCAAAUGCUCCUCCAGAGCAGCAGAGCCAUUGGCUACGGCCGUGCCGAAUUCGCCACCAAGCCCAUCUGGGUGACCAGAUACCAAGACGACGAAUUGUAUGCCGCGGGCGAGUUCACCAACCAGAGCCGACGCGCUGUUGGCGUGGAGACCUGGUCCAAGCGGAAUGACCCUACCGAGAACGAAGACGUGGUCCUCUGGCACUCAUUCGGCAUCACCCACAACCCCCGCGUCGAAGACUUCCCUGUCAUGCCCAUGGAACGCAUCAGCGUGAUGCUGCGUCCAGAUGGCUUCUUCACAAAGAACCCGGCCGUGGAUGUCCCGCAGUCUUCGCAGUCCUUCAACAAGUCUACCCUCCACCCGGACCCUGCUGCUGCUGCACCACCUUCCUGCUGCAGUGCAGGAUCCAGCAAGGCCAAGCUGUACAAGCGCAUGGAUUAG